AUGGCCCCCACCGAGCAGAAAGCCCUCGUCCUUGAAGCGGUCAAGUCGCCCUUCGUUGUUCAGACCAAGCCCGUCUCCGAGCCCGGAUCUGGCCAGCUCAUCGUUCGCGUCGAAGCCUCCGCGCUCAACCCCGGAGACUGGAAGGUGCAAGAAAUGUUCUACGGUCUUGUCUCCCCGGGAGCAUCGUCUUUCCAGCAGUAUCCUCUCGUUCCCGAAGGGCUCGUCGUCAAGAUCCCCUCUAAUAUCAAUUUCGACGAGGCUGCCUCCAUCCCUCUUGGCCUUGCCACGUCGUUCACCGGCCUUUACGCUCCAAAGUAUGAUCGGCAGGGUGGCGGUGCUGGCUUGACACCCUUCUACGAGGAAGGAGGUGCUGCCAAAUACGUAGGAAAACCAUUCGUGCUGUUCGGAGGCGCCACGUCCAUGGGACAGUACGCUAUCCAGUUCGCUCGGCUCUCCGGGUUCUCGCCAAUCAUCGUCACUGCGUCCGAGCACAACACCGAUCUGCUGCUCUCAUUGGGCGCGACGCACGUCCUCCCGCGCUCACUUCCGCUGUCCUCGUUCGCCUCGGAGGUCGCGAAGAUCACCACAGCUCCCAUCGAAAUUGUAUUCGAAGCUACUGCUCUCCCAGAACUGCAGAGGACAGGACUUGACCUAGUUGCUCCGAACGGCACCCUCGUCCUUCUCUCACCCCCCACGGAAGAAGUGCGCGAGAGUGCAGGGAGCAAGCAUAUCGCACAUGUGUUCGGUGCUUUCACCCACCCGAUCAACCAACCACUGGCUCGCGGAGUCGCUGAACACUUCCCCCGAUACCUGGAAGAGGGGUUUAUCAAGCCCAAUCGAGUGCGCGUCUUGCCCAAUGGUUUGGCAGGCGUUGAGGCUGGCUUGGAGCUGCUUCGAACGGGGAAAGUCAGCGGUCAGAAGUUGGUCGUGCGGCCACAGGAGACGUCCUGA